AUGUUCGGUGUUGCUCGUCGUUUCGGCCUUUCGCGGGCACUGCAGGUAUCUGCACCGCGUGCCUUGUCUACUGGUACAAGAUGGACUCCCCAGUUGUCCAAGUUCCAAUCUCCUCUUGCACGAUCAACUUUCCCGAGCCGAUCUUUCCAGACCUCCUUUCCGGCACUGAGCCAAGCGGCGGAGGCUGUCGCCCAAGACAUCCCUGUGGCAGCUUCUGAAUACAUUACCGAAUUUCACCAACUGGCAGAGCGGGAGCUCAUCAGCCCCAAUGUCGUGCGUAACAUCACUGAACGCAUGGGUCUCUCGACUAUGACCCCGGUCCAGUCACAGACUUUGAACAUCAUGCUCAAAGGCGAAGAUGUCUUGGCCCAUGCGAAAACAGGCACUGGCAAGACGCUCGCUUUCCUGCUCCCAACCGUUCAGAAUAUUCUCAACGACCCAAAAAUCCAAGAAGAUAUCUCCAACUCUAAUCGGCUCCGCGAUCGGAAACUCCGCUCCUCGUCUGCUGAUAUCCGUGCCCUGAUCAUUUCUCCUACGCGGGAGCUUGCGGAGCAGAUCGCCAAGGAAGCUGAAAAGGUAGUCUAUGGAACAGGCCUCAGGGUGCAGACUGCAGUUGGUGGUACCGCGAAGCGUGAAGGAUUGCGAAGGAUCCAGCGAGAGGGUUGCCAUCUUCUGAUUGGUACCCCCAGCCGUCUUAAGGACAUCCUUUCUGAUCCCUACAGCGGCGUGACGGCCCCUAACUUGAACACGUUGAUCUUUGACGAGGCCGAUCGUCUGUUGGACCAAGGAUUUGCUGAUGAAAUCAGUGAAAUCGAGUCUUUGCUCCCUGAUCCCUCCAAGGUUGAUCGCCAGAGCCUUAUGUUCUCGGCCACCAUCCCCAAGGAGGUCAUCAACAUGGUGGAGCGCACAAUGAAGCCCGACUACCAAUAUGUCAAGACCGUCCGCGAUGACGAGGUCCCCACGCAUAUGACUGUCCCACAGAACCUGGUCUACCUGCGCGGCUACGAGAACGCUCUCCCUGCUGUUUUUGACCUCGCUCGGCAAUACCAGGCGCGCCAGGCCGCCGACUCGAACCUGCGGCCAUUCAAGGCCAUCCUCUACUUGAAUGCGACCUUGGAUGUUCAGCUUGCCUACCAAGCCUUCAGAGCCCUCCCCCGCCAGAACUUCAACGGGGAGCCUCCCCAGCGUCCUUUGGGUCGCCUUCGCAUGUUCGAUAUCCACUCUCGUCUCAGUCAGGCGCAACGCACAUGGUCUUCUGACAGCUUCCGCAAGGCGGAAGAGGCCAUUCUCUUCUCCUCUGAUGUCACGGCUCGUGGUAUGGACUUUCCAGAUGUCACCCACGUCAUCCAAUUGGGAAUUCCCCGUGACCGCGAGACUUACAUCCACCGACUGGGUCGAACCGCACGCGCCAAUAAAUCUGGUGAAGGCUGGCUGUUGAUUCACCGAGGUGAGAUGGAUGCGUUUGAAGAAAAGCUGUAUGAUCUUCCCUUGAACGAGAACACCGGAGCUAUUCCUGCUGCGACCUUCGACAUGACGAAUGCAGGCGAUGGCCCAGUGCCCGAAGCCGUUAGCUCUUUGAAAGCGGCCAUGGAGCUCGUCCCACAGAACGUCAAGGAAGACGCUUACCGGGCCCAGCUUGGAGCCUCCCUCAGCAACUUCUACAGCAAAAAGAUUGGCAUCAAGGUUCUCAACAACCAAGCUAUUCACGGAUGGGGUAUGGAGACCCCUCCCACCAUUAGCCACAAGACCGCUACUUCUGCCGGUCUCACCCGUGUUCCCGGUGUCAAUAUCGGCCAUGUCGAGCGCCCGCGUCGAGAGGACAAGUUCGGUGGUGGCCGAUCUGGUGGCGAUCGGUUCGGCGGCGACAAAUUUGGAGAUCGAUCUUUCAGAAGAUCCGAUCGCAGAUCUAGGGACGAUCACGAUGGAUCUUCUUUCGGCUUCAGACCUUCCAACUUCUCUGGACGCGAGCGUUCCGACGGACCUCCUCGCCGCCGUUUCAUGGAAUCUACCACUCGCACCUCCCCUCCGGGCCGUCGUCGCGUCGACGACUGGGACUUUUGA